AUGCCCCAGCCAUCCAUUCAGCUUAAAAAGUAUCUAUGUACUCCCCUGCCUACCUUGAGGGAACAGUAUCCUCCGGGGACCGGCGGGACUGGACCAAGAGCUGAAUGGCCACAGGGGACGUUGAAAGGGGUUCAAGUCAUUGAUGGGUUUGUCGACGGGGUCAGAGAGUACAUUGACCAACUUCCCACGGACCCCGUAGCGCCCCAUCCAGCACACAAAUACCCCAAAUUUGUUCAAGCUAUCACCACAGUUCCUCAGACACUUCGUUCGCCGUCUGAUCUGCAAAAAUGUCUAUCGACACUUCCACUCGCCGCCGUCUCCACGGUUCUCACCGCCCUCGAAGUGGAUCAGAAGGCUGUUCCGGCAGUUCCCGUGGCCCAAGCUUUGGAUUCGGCGGGGUACGAAAGUGAUGGAGGGGAGGAGAGUGAAACACACGCUCAGACGGUCAGGGACGACAAGACAAAAGCUUGGCAUUGGCGGUACAACAAAUCACCUCUUGGCUCGGGCGAGUUUCUUCUGGUCCAGGAAGGAACUCAAGACGUCAAGCUAGUGGUGCGAACUAUCAACUCUUCUGCUUUCACACCGGCCGAUUGGGCAGAGUUUGUUGUGACAGGAAAAUACCAUUAUGUCACUAAGAACAAAGCUUCAUGGUAUUGGUCACGCACAUGGGGCGCUUGCAACAGACUCAAAUGCAAAUACUGGAUAUUGACGGACUGGCAAAGAUGGAGUUUUGGAUGUUUCGAUGAUGCCUUGGAGCAUGGUUGGGUCAGUCCUGUGAUGGCUUAUGACGCUGUGGAACCUAGCGUUUUGCAGUCUAUAUUUUACUGGGCAAAGUGGGUGAUCCUUGUCAACAUUUCUUCCAAGGACAGGGAUAAAAACUUAUUGGGCACGACAGAAUUAUUUCCCGCUAAUCCCGCUCGACGAGUCAGUGUGUCGGGUCGAUCACCAGAGAUGAAUGCAGCUGCUACGCUCAGGGCCGCUUCGGGAAGUCAUGUCAAGGUGGCUAAUGAAAGUGAUAUUGAAGAAAGUGACGCUGAAUGA